GGAUAAAUUGGACUUAGAAGAGCCGGCAACUUACCAGAAUUCCAGCAAGCAAACCGGAGCUGGCAGGGAGAAGAAGCCGGCGGCAUUUCUGCAGAGGGGCUCACGGGCUACCUCAAAAUUGAGGGAAAUAAAAGCAAUUAAGGUAAACCCAGCCUAAAUCAAGGUUAAAGAGAGGGAUUCAUGGCUAGAUCUUACCAGAAAAAGCUCCAAAAUCUCACACCCCCAUAGCAGCCGGCGGACAGGGGAGAAGAACAGAGCAGAACCGAGAUUUUCUGGGUUGAGAGGGAAGAUUCUAAGCCCCAAAUCUUGUGAUUUAACAAGAAAAGAAGAGAAAUUUCAUCAAGAUCUCACCGGGUUUUCAAGAGAGAGAGAGUCGCACUACUAAUUUGGUGGACCACUGUCUUGAUACUCCCCGUCCUAUAAUACAAACUUGGGACGAGAGUAAAGACUGCUGCUUCUGGGAGGGCAUCACAUGCGACAAGAUGAGAGGUCACGUGAUUGGCCUUGAUCUUAGCGGUAAUUGUCUUGAAGCCAAUCUAACUACAAAUAGUAGUCUUUUUCACCUUAAGAAAUUGCAGAGCCUCAACCUUGCUUACAACGAUUUUAGCUACCCCAAUCUCUCUUUUGGGUUCGACCGUUGGAAGAGUUUGACAUAUCUUAAUCUUUCAUAUUCAGUAUCUGGGUUCAACCAUUGGAAGAGUUUAAACUAUGUUGAUCUUUCAGCAUACAUGAAUAGCCCUCACCUGUUUGAUGAGAUCGUCUUGCUACCGAAAUUGGUUUCACUCGAUCUCUCUGAUAAUUAUGGUUUGCUUCUUGACAACAUAAAGUUUCAAAUACUUGUGCAUAACUUAACAGAAUUGAGGUUUCUUGUCCUUGAUUACUUGAAUAUGUCUCUGGUUGUGCCUUCUUCCUUGCUAAACUUGACUUCUUCCUUGAAGCAUUUGAGCCUUCGCUCUUGUAAUUUGCAAGGAAACUUUCCAAGCCAAGUUUUUCAGCUUUCAUCUCUCCAGCUUCUUGAUUUAAGCAACAACUCUUAUUUAGGAGAUAAUUUGUCUGAGUCAAACCUGAGUAGUACCCUUGAGUAUCUGAAUCUUGAUGGUUGCCAAUUUUAUGGAUCAAUUCCAGAUGUCUUUGAAAAAAUGCACAAGCUAACUCAUUUGAGCCUUUUUAAUAAUAGUUUUGAUGGUGAAAUUCCUACAUCAAUCUUCAACCUCGCUAAUCUUACUUAUUUGAGACUGUCAUCAAAUAAGCUAAGAGGGCCUCUUCCUCGCAAUAUAAGUGGACUCUCAUUUUUACUUGAGUUUCGAAUGGAUAAUAAUUUCAUCGUAGGUCCUGUACCAUCUUGGUUGUUUUCUCUACCUUCUUUAUUCUAUUUAGACCUCAAAAACAACAAACUUACAGGUCCUAUUGAUCAUGUUGAGAUACCUAAUCUCAUUUUACAAGAAACCUAUUUGUCCAAUAAUGAGAUAAGUGGUUUUGGAAAUCUUAAAACUGUUGACCUCAGAUUCAAUGUACUACAAGGAUCACUUCCCAUUCCAUCAACAACUUGGGAUUCUAUGCAACAACUCUUCAUUUCAGGGAAUAAAUUGACUGGCGAAAUCCCUUCUUCUUAUUGCAAUUUGACUUCUCUUGGAGUUCUAGAUUUAGCUAAUAAUAGUUUGGGGGGAAAAAUUCCAGAAUGUCUUGGAAACUUGAGUAAUCUUGUCUUCUUGGAUCUGCGGAUGAAUAAGUUUCACGGUAGAAUACCAAAUUCUUUUGUCAACAUGAAUACACUGAGAACUCUUAACCUAAAUGGCAACCAGUUGGAAGGGAUACUGCCACGGUCUUUGGUUAAUUGCAGUAAGUUGGAAAUUCUAGAUGUGGGGAACAACAACUUGAAUGAUACCUUUCCAGAUUGGUUAGGUGUUCUUCAAUCGCUAAAAGUUCUCAUCCUUCGAUCUAAUGGAUUUCAUGGUGCCAUCAACAAUUCUAUGCCUGCGUUUUACUUCCAUCAGUUGAGAAUCAUUGAUGUCGCGCAGAAUGAUUUUAUGGAUCUCCUACCGAGUAACUAUUUCAAAAUUUUGAAUGGUAUGAGAAAUGUGACUUCAGUUGAUAAAUUGGAAUACAUUGGUGUCGAGCAAUGCACUAGUGACAAGCAAGACAUUGGUAACCAGUGUUACCCUAAUAACGAGCAAAAAGGUAAACCUAUAAGAUGUACUCCACGUCUAUGUCCUCCAGAAGAAGGUCCUCAGUUUUAUUAUGAGGAUUAUGUGGAGGUAGUAGUGAAAGGGUUCAAGAGGAAGCUUGUAAGGAUCUUGGAAAUUUUCACAACUAUAGAUUUCUCGAGCAAUCAAUUUCAUGGACCGAUUCCUGAAGAGUUGGGAGAGCUCAAUUUACUUAGAGGGCUAAACUUGUCUCACAACAGUCUCACACGUCAAAUUCCGUCAUCAUUGGGGAAAUUAGCAGAACUCGAGUCAUUAGAUCUCUCAUCAAACAAGCUUGAAGGUGGGAUUCCUGAGCAAUUGACAAAUCUGACAUUCCUAUCAGUUUUGCAUCUUUCACACAAUAAACUUGUGGGCCACAUACCUGAAGGGAAGCAGUUCAGUACUUUCUCAAAUGAUUCCUACAUUGGAAACUCUGGGUUGUGUGGAUUCCCAUUGACAAAGAACUGCCACGAGGAGGAAGAACCAGGAGCACCUCCAAAAUUUGAUGAAGAGGAUGAAUCUGCAACGCUCUUUGAGUGGAAGUUUGCAUUGGCAGGCUAUGGGUGUGGACUGGUGUUGGGACUUAGUCUGGGAUACAUUGCCUUCACUACAGGAAAACCAUGGUGGGUGGUGAAGAAAGUGGAGAAAUACCAACAGAAAUUAAUUGGAAGGUGCAACCAAAGGCAUAAGAAGAGAAAAACCCAAAAACCCAACCAACACUGUUAGGUGAGUAAGUUUCUACAACUGUCUCUAUAAUAUUUGUGUUCUACCUAAGUUCUAACCAUAAAAAUCAAGGUAUAUU